GUCUAUAUGGGAAUCGCUAUACGAAUUCAUAAACUGGAUCUGGAGCUAUAGAUGUAGCCACUCGUACUCCAGCAAAAUGCUAUCUGAAGGAGAAAGGAACGGGGUACGGAAACUCUUAAGAAUGAUUUCCACAGAGGAUCUUGUUCAACUUGCAAAAACUGUAACAAACAGGCUUGUUUUUGUUGAAAACAGAGAAGAGGCUGCCAAGGCAAUCAUAAUGUAUUCUGACAGUGCAGAACAGUUUCUCCGCCGCAAGCUAGUGAAGCGAGAUUUAAUCUUCAUUUACCUUGCUGAUCUCAAUGUGCCUAUGUCACCUGGUGCAGAUAAGAGCAAGCUUAUUCAAAGGGUGCUGGAGUGUUGGCAGACUACGGUUGAUGAUCCGAGUCGCGGGCAGAUUGCUGGUAAUGAUACGAGGCAGAUGACGGAUGAUUCGAGGCAGACAACGGAUGAUACGAGGCAGACGACGGACAAUACAAGGCAGACGCGGGAUGAUGGUACGGGCCAUCCUCCAUCGUGCCAGGAUCUAGCGGUACACUUCUCCUCUUGGUUCUUCACGCAACUCAACCAACUUCACCCUCAGCAUCCCUCGGGAACCACCAGAGACUGGGGACCCAGGCACUUCUUGGACGAUGCCAGCCUCAAACUUUAUGUCCUCCGCGGAACCGACCGCAGCUUGGACGCAUACGGCGGCUCGGGCUUGGUCUCACAGAGAUUAGGUUGCCUGGUGAAGGAAGAAGAAUUGGUGUUCAAUCCAAACUUGUCUUCGGAGGGUACUCGAGGGUGCGGUGAGCCGCAUGGACUGGUUAUGAUCUCGGUGUGUGGGACAAUUCACAAGGCGGGAACGUGUAUAGGACUCUUUGAGCAAAACUUUGGACUCGUCAGAGAUCCCAUGGCAGAGAAUAACUGGAAGAUUAAAUUCAUCAAAUUGCAAAUGAAGGAAGAGUCGUCAAGGAGUGUACCAAAAUUAGGACAGUUCCCUCAACUUUAAACGCUACCACAAUGUAUGUAUGUAAAGGCAGGUUUGGCAGUAGACUGAAAGCUUCAGUCUCUAGUAUCGACGGUCGUUUGGCUGAGAAUAUGUCUUGCUCCACAGAGACUGAACAUACAGAGACUGAAGUGCAUCGUACAGGUUAGUAAGAGGAGGUUACGCAAGGAGAUCUCAUCUUGCGCAGCAGCAGCUUUAAGAAAAACGGACAGAUUAACUGAAAGUCAGUUCUUAUAUUUUGAUGUUUUACAUUGAUUUUUUAUGUAAAUUGUAUCAAUAUAUAAUUUUCAUUUAAAAUUUGGAAUGCCAUACCGAGCAAUACAUCCAAUUGCAACAGCCAACUACUAUUCAAGAGAUCACUAAAAAUAAUACUUCUUAUCCAGAUAAUUAGAAAUGUAACUCAAUUGAUCAGAGCUCCCUUAUUUGUUAACGAGUACCUACUCCUCCCCGGCCUUACUCAUGACCUACCGUAUAUUAUGUAUAAUUGAAUUUAAUUGCAUUUAACCUGCAACAAUAGUUUUUUUUUUUAAGAUGACUUACUUGACAAGCCCCCUGUGGCCUUUUUCAAAGUUGACUUUUUCUCAUUUUCGAUUUAGUUAUGAAUUUAUUAUGUCACAGUUUCUAAGAUAAUUAUUUACAUGUAAAUAAUUCUUUUGUGUAAGAACAUGAUGUCUCUAUUUUUUUUAAUGUAUUGCAUGGUAUAUAUGGGGUGAUUUAAAAAGGGAAAAUAAGGGCACAUUUCAUUUUUUUAUAAAUAUAUUUAUAUAUAUGCCUACUACUUUGUUGCCUUCGCAAGCAGGAUCUAAUAUUUAAGAUAACUGGUGGUAGGCAAGAUACUUUCUUUUGUUUAAAAAAUGGUGGUUUUAUGUGCAGAGUUAUUUUGCAAAGCUACUGAGAGCAAUUAGUGUCAACAUUUUUAGCAGAGGGAAAUUAACAGUUGAUCAUGCUAAUCUGUUGCAAAAAGCCAAUAUUCUAAAAUUAUAUAGCGAAUCAUGUUCAAAUAUGUUUUUGUUUUUAUUAGAAACAGGAAAAAAGUUAAACUAUUUAUUAAUUGAAAUCAGUAUUGGACAUCACAUUAAACACCGUAAUCUGCUUUUGUAGCACUUUGCAGUACUGGAUUAUGUUUGACGUUUUCUUUCGUGGGUGAUUUAUAUGGAGAUGUCUUAUAUUUUUUGUAAGGUAUAAUGAUAAAUAUUAUAAGAUAGAAAGUAUGAAUUUACCUUUUUGUUAUUUAUUUCUACUCUAGAUUCACAAUGCGAAGUACAUAAACGAUAUAAUUUGCAAUUCAUGUGUAGCUUCCUAUUUGAAGGAAAUUUGCUGAUGCACUCAUUCGUAAAAGAGUGUCUAAACUGUGAGACUACGGUAUGCAGAUUGUAUGGUCUACUGCAUACCAUAGACUCUGUACUCUAGCUGCUAACAUACAUAAACUAGUCUGCAGGUACAGACUACAGAGUACAGACUCCAAUUUGACACUACUAUAAUUUCUAAAGCCUUGAGCAGAGCCUAGCUCUGUCAGUCUCUGACUGUGUAAAAAGAAGAGCAGAGCCUAGUAUGCAGUAUGCCGUCAGCCUAGUCUGUGUAGACCCUGUUACGCAAAACAAAUUACCAAAUAUAUAUUUAUGUUAUUACUUGCAAAUUAUUGGGAGCACAAACCUGUCAAAUAGGCUUUCAAAGAAGGCUCCCUUAUAUUCUUCUUAUUUUGUAUAUUAUAAUGUACCUGUUAUUUUACCUUUAAAAUACUUUGUAUACGGUAGUUUAUAUGCUUGUUUGUUAUAAUUAAGAAUAAGACUGAACUGAAGCAAAUGAGCUUCCACACUUCAGGAAAGGGUCAUUCUUUUGCAUGUCCAAGUUGAUUUUACAGAAUCAUAGAUAUAAAUACAGUGGUACUAAGCUGAUUUUGUCCGCUAUACGGUAGCUACUUUAAUAUUAGUACACAAAUGGACAGAAAGGAAAAUAAACUAAAAUUAUAUGUGA